UUUUCUAGAUUUGUUAACGUAGGAAUAAAAGAAAAUUUGAAAAUUUGGUUAUAAAAAGGCUAAUGGCGCCAGAACUCUCAGGAUUUCAGCCAUGAUUCAGUCCAAGCAGAAGAAGCCCCAGCCCGAGAAGAAGCAAUCCAAUGUCGCCGCUGUAAAGAAGAAAGGAAAGGAAGUUGAUUUACCACAAUUCCGGCCUCAGCUAAAUGCCUUAGGUUUAAAAAUUAUUCAAAUCACAGCAGACGGUAAUUGUUUCUUCAGAGCUCUAGCUGAUCAGCUAGAAGGAAAUGAAGAGGAACAUAUAAAAUAUCGACAUAUGGUGGUGAAAUAUAUAUUGAAUCAUCGUGAGGAUUUUGAGCCAUUCAUCGAGGGUGAUGUCCCUUUUGACAAAUACUGUCAUUCCAUGGGAAAGCAAGGUACAUGGGCAGGACAUAUGGAGUUGCAAGCAGCAUCUCUUGUUACAGGAGUGAAUAUCUGCAUUCAUCGAGCUAUGUUCCCUCGAUGGUACAUAAGGAAUUUUCAAGGACAAGAAGCAAGGAUGAUUCAUUUAUCUUAUCAUCAUGGCAAGCACUAUAAUAGCGUCCGUCUACGUGAAGAUUCUUGUGAAGGACCAGCUAGACAGAUCAUUAUUAAGGCGGAUUCAGAUAUUCUUGUCCCCAGCCAUAACAAGAAAGUGUCAUCAUGUCUACCAAAAGCUGCAUCUGUCAAGAUGGUAAUGUCCGGGACAGGAUGUGAAAAUUUUGAUAAAGCUGAGCAGGUUUUGCAAGAAUUUGGUGGGGAUGUUGAUGCUGCGAUUGAGUAUUUGAUAGCAGAACAAGAAACGAAAGAUUGUGAGAAUGAUGACAAUGACAUUCCCUCCGAAAAUAAUAUUUCUAAUGGUAAUUUUCCAUCUGAAGAUGUGACAAUAGCACAAAGUUCACUGGAUAGUGACUCUCAGUCAGUUACUGAGCAUAAAGUUCAAGUUGUUGAUAAGAAAACAUCAAAUAAUAAGCAAUGUUCUUGCGGGUCGAAGAAGAGAUACAAGGCUUGUUGUGGGUCGGGUGUCGCAAGUACUUCUGCAGUAACCAACAGCAAUGCCAAAUGUACUUCUAGCAAGGAUAGAAAAGAUAGAAAGAGCUGUAGGAGAAAGGAGGCUGUUGGAGAAGCUGAAGAAAGCCGAAGCAGUAACCAACUUGAUCUCAGUGCUCUUUGCCUAUGAAGAUCCAGUUGAGGGAUGCGAACUUAUGCCGGUGACAGGCGGUCUAUUGUCUAUCUCAUCUGUUUAUUUGGAUUCAUAUCAAGUCAGUUUGUGUGAAUCAUACUUGCACAACUUUACAUAUAAGAAAUGAAUUGCUAGAUUUAGUAACCUAGUUGAUGUACAAGUGUUUUUUUCAUAUUAAUAAAAUAACUUGCUUCAUGGCAA